CGUCAGCUGACUGUUUUGGCUGUACUAGGCGCUCCGGACACCGCGCUGCCGCUGCUGCUGUAAAAAUGCUGCUCUCCGUGCCGCCAAGGACAGGAAUCAACCCAUUUAACGGCUAUACCAGCAGGACCAGUAAAAAGUUUUCACAGCAGACGUAUGCAUCCUCCACCCAGCAGAUGGCACCACCCAGUCCUAAUACUAACACCAGCAGUAAUGGAAGCAGCAGCUUUGGGGACCAGCUGAGCAAAACCAACCUGUACAUCCGUGGUCUCCAUCCAGGAACCACAGACCAAGACUUGGUCAAACUAUGUCAACCCUAUGGGAAAAUAGUAUCUACCAAAGCCAUCCUUGACAAGACCACCAACAAGUGUAAAGGCUAUGGCUUUGUGGAUUUCGACAGCCCGGCCUCAGCACAGAAAGCAGUGACAGCGUUAAAGGCCAGUGGAGUUCAGGCUCAGAUGGCAAAGCAACAGGAACAGGAUCCUACAAAUCUGUACAUCUCCAACCUGCCUCUGUUUAUGGAUGAGCAGGAGUUGGAGAGCAUGCUCAAGCCCUUCAGUCAGGUCAUCUCCACACGCAUCUUACGAGAUGCUAACGGAACCAGCCGUGGAGUGGGUUUUGCUAGGAUGGAAUCAACUGAGAAGUGCGAGACCAUCAUUCAACAUUUCAAUGGCAAAUACAUCAAGACUCCUCCUGGAGUAGCAGUGCCUACAGAGCCCUUACUGUGUAAGUUCGCCGAUGGUGGACAGAAGAAGCGUCAGAAUCAGGGGAGAUAUCUCCAGAAUGGACGGCAAUGGCCAAGAGAUGGCGAAACUAGUGGGAUGAUGCUAACAUAUGACCCUACCCCUGCUUUACAAAAUGGGAUUUAUUCACCUUCCUACAGCAUCGCUCCAAACAGAAUUAUUGCCCAGACUUCUAUCUCUCCAUACAUGCACUCACCUGUAUCCACCUAUCAGGUACACAAUCCGUCCUGGAUACAUCAUCAGUCUUACCUCAUGCAGCCCACAGGUACCGUCCUCACACCCACAGUGGACCACACCAUGACCAUCCAGCCCACUGCCAUAAUAGGGCCUCUUACACAGCAGCUCAGCCAUCUAACCCUGGGCAGCAACGGCACGUAUAUGCCUGCAAACACAGCUAUGCAAGGGACCUACAUUCCACAAUACGCCCAAGUGCCUCCCUCGAGUGUUGCUGAGGAAAACAGCAUCCAACAGCAGCAGCAGGUUGCCAUAGAGACGCCCACAGACCACACAACAUACUCCUAUCAUCAUGGCAAGUGAAGAGGAGGAGAGAUUGAGGACGCAGGAUAUUGAAUCACCGCUGUUGACAUGAAGAAAAAAAGGACAUUAUGAAAAGGAAUUGAGAAGCUGGUCUCUUUCCAGUUAAAGGAUGUAGACUUUCAUUGUUUUGUUUUUUUGAGAACACCAACUGAUAAUGAAGCUAAAUGUAUUUUAGUAACAGAAAAAUAGACUGGAAUGAAGAAGGCUAUGACUACAAAAUGUCAUAAGUUCAUAAGCUUUUUUAACACAAAGGCUCACGUGCACACACACAUACACACUCCCAACACACUUGACAAAUAUUAUUUUCUGCAGCUUUAUUUUCUAAAAUAUUCUGCAAAGCCAGAAUGAAACAAUGUUACAGCGCCAUGUCAUUUUAAUUUGAUGUAAUAUGUUUUUGUAAAAUUCAACAAAAAAAGAUUUGUUGACUGCUUUUAAAAUGUUUUCUGCAGGAGAAAUUUUGUACAUAAAAAAAAACAAUGUUUUUGCAAAGAUCUUGCUGCAAUUUUCUUGAAUAUUGGUUUUAAGGAAAUCUUGAGAAUCUGCUUAAAUGAGCAGUUAAGUUGUUGUUUUGCUAGAUCUACAAAAUCUUGCUGUAUCAAAGAAAUUUGUAAAUGUACUCAUUGUUUCAAGCAGUUGGUGUCCAGCGGGAGAUUGAAUUCUUAAACCAAGACCUCAUGUCCCCCUAAGCCCCUCACAAAAAAUGUACUUUUUUUUUCUUCCUAAACGCUGCUUUAUCUUGUAAGUUAGGUCAUACUCUGUUUAAAUGUUGAGAUUUAUUUUUGUAUUUGAACAUAAUUUUUUAAAGAAACUUUCAAAGUGAAGCCAUUUGGGUGAUAAACUUUUUUAUGGCUUUGUUUUCAUGUCAAUGGUUGUCACACAUAUCUAGUAUGUAUUUUCUUUUAUGCAUUGUAAGAAGUGCUCCACAAACAUUGUAAUGUUGGCAUGUAAAUUAAUUUUUUUGCCUUGGUAAACUUUAAUAGUGUGAAGUGUGUGGGGGAGUUCUUUGGGCUUGGGCCACCGAGAUAUAAAAUGGCAAUAUAAAGAAAACCAAGAGAGUUCUUUCCUAAGAAGUGGAACGCUCCUUCAAUUUGUUGCAUUUAUGAGGUACAAGAUUCGAGAAUGGAAUAGUGAUUAUUUGUUGUGCUCU